AUGGAGCAAGGCAUGACUGUGAAUACAACAAAGGUAAGGAAACAGUUACAUGUACAUCAUGAUAUUGCCUUCUCUAUUCUCUCUAAAUUAUCUCUUAAACCUUUGAAACGAUUUGAAUGUGUAUGCAAGUCAUGGUCUCUCUUGUCUGAUAACCCUUGUUUCAUGACCACCUAUCGCAAGAAUUUAUUCACAAAGUAUCAUUGUUCUUAUGAUGGUGCAACUGUCCUCCUGCAUCCACUUUUCAAUUCCUAUCACAGUCAUAGAUUUGAGUUGUAUCCUCUUUAUGAUGAGAGGUUUGCGACAAUGGAUCGCCCAUAUUGUGAUUGUGGUUUUAGUAUUUUAGGUUCUGGUAGUAUUCAUGGAAUUUUUUGUUUAUCUUUUAUAUACCAAAAGGAUAUUAUAUUGUGGAAUCCUUCUACUAAGGAAUUUAAGCUCAUUCCUCCCGGUAUUCAUCGUCGCAAAUCUUAUCAAAAAGGUUAUAUUAACUGGGGAUUCGGUUAUGACUCUGUCAAAGAUGACUAUAAAGUGAUCUGCAUUUAUCGGCCACCAUUGGAAGAUGAAGAAAUGUAUUGUGAACCCUUGGUAUCUGAAAUUUAUAGUCUAAGAAAUAACUCUUGGAAAAAAUUUGAUGUUGAUAUCGAACAUAGUCUUAGUUUUUGGAGCCAUGAACAAGUGUACAUCAAUGGAAUGUCUCAUCGGGUGUGUAAGAUUGAAACAAGUACUCGUAAUGAAUCGUAUGUGUUGUCAUUCGACUGGCACCGUGAGGUUUUCACUACAACAGUUAUACCUUUCGGGAUAGAUGAUAUUCUUGAAUUUCUUAAUGGGUGGAGACAUUUGGUGCUAUUAAAUGGGUGUAUUGCUUUGAUAUUAAAUUUCACAAAGACGUCUACUUUUGAGAUUUUUAUCUUGGGUGAACUUGGCGUAAAAGAAUCGUGGAUUAAGAUCUUUACUAUAGAAUCUUUCCUUAAUCUUGAACAUCCAAUUGGAAUGGGAAAGAAGAGUGAUAUAUUACUUAAAAAGACAGACGGUAGAUUAGUUAGGUUUGAUUUAAUUACUCAAAAGAUUACCGAUCUUAACCUUACGACUAACAAUUUUUGUUGUAUUGCUUUAAUUCAUAAAGAAAACCCUAUUAGCCUUAUUGCAUAUGAAGGAAAAAGUAUUUAA